AUGGCGUGGCAUGGGCGGGUCCCAUGGACAAGUGACUUCGGAGAGGAAAGAUGGGUGAACUCCAUCUUCAAUCCUGUGCUCAAGAUCCCACCAGUGGAGGAUAUUUGGGACAAUGAAACGGAAGAGGAAGAGAAGGAGGAGAAUAUAGACAAUGAACAAGAGAAGGAGGAAGAAGACAGGAUUAAGGCCCUUCUGGGAGCGCCCAGGCAGGACUCAGUGUGGGGACUGAUGGCUUGGCCCAGGCCCUCCCCAGAACAAGCCCCGUGGUGGGAAGACUUUUCCCUGCCUCCACUCCGCGGACCCUGCCUCUGCCGGUGCAAACUGAGGGCACAGAUGAAGCUCCACCCACUGCCCUCCUGCCCCACCUCCAAACCCUUGCCCUCGUUGGCAAGCAGAGAAGAGUAUAGCUGGCUGAGAGACCAACCUCUGAUGGAACCUUCCAUAGCUUCCAGACUGAAGACCCCCAAGACAGUGCCCAGGAUCCCCCCCAGGGUCUCCCCUAAGAGACCUACUGUCCCCAAGCCCGGGCGACAGCAGAACCCAAUGUCAAUGUGGCCUCCGAUCAUUAUCAAUCCCCCCUCCAAAAGCUCUGCUCUUAAGGGACAACACACGUCCUCUGCCAAGGAGGCCUCACAUACCCCAGAUGCCUGGGGCAACCCCUUCCCUCACCUUCCUUCAAAAUAAAUAUUUUUGUUAUACCAG